AUGAUCGAAGUCCACGCUCCGCCCCCCGCUGGGGGUGGGGGCCAUCCUCUGCGGAAGAACGGGUUAGCCGAAAUGCGGAUAAGCGAGAGUCGGGAGGAGACGCUGAUCGACGCCAUCAGCGAGACCAUGACGACGACGCUGCUGAACAACGUCCUGGAGGAGGAGGGAGGGAGGAGCCAAAUGGCGAGCGUGGAGCGUUCCUCCUCGUCCUCGGAACGCUCCUCCUCGGCCUCGGCCGGUCCCCUGUCCCGGCAAAGCACGAGAGAAAUGGCGGGAAGUGGCGUGACCGUCUUGCACGUCAUGGAGGCCGACGAGAAGCUCGACGGAGACGAGGAGAGGCCGCUGACGGAAGAGGAGGCCAGGCUUUUGGAAGAAGAAGAGCACCUCAUCUUCCAGAGGCUGACCGAAUUCAUCGACGAGGACGAGGAGGAAUGCGACCUCGCGGAAGCAGCAGGAGACGAUCCCACGACGGCAGAAUCGCCGUCGUCGACGACGAGCGGCGCGAAAAAGCGAAAAGAACGGUUGAGGUCCAGGAGCCAUCUGACCUUCAAUUGCUCGGCAGAAGAAGAAGAGGAAGAAGGUGAUGACGUCACUGAGGUGGCGCCGUUGGCAGAUAAGUCUGAGGACGAAAAAGAAGAAAAAGAAGAAGGGGCAGAUAAUGAUGGAGAAAUUCAAGGAGAAGAAGAGGGAGGUCAGACGGAAGGCGUAGAAGGAGGACAAGAGGAUGAAAACGGAGACGAAAAAGAGGAGAAUGAAAAUGACGACGAAGAAGAUGGCGAAAAAGACGUCGAUGAUGAUGAUGAUGAUGAUGAUGAUGAAGGAAAAGACGACGCAGAGGAAGAAAAAGGGGAUGAGGGGGAGGAUGGUGAAAAUGGGGGAGAAGGAGGGGAUGGGGGAGAGGACGACGAAAAUGGGGGAGAAGGAGGAGGAGCAUCCAGCGGUGACGGAGGGGAGGAUGGGCAAGAGGAGGGGGAAAGAGACGAAGAGGGAGAAGAUGCAGAUAAAGAUGGGGAAAAUGGAGGAGGAGAAGGAGAGGGAGAGGGAGGAAAAAGUGAGGAGGGAGAAGAAGAAGAGGGAGAAAAAAGAGAGAGUGAGGUAUUAGGAGAAGAGAGAGAGACCGAUAAAGAAAGAGAUAGAAGACAUGAGACUGGACUUUGUCGAGAAACGUAUGGCCUUUCCAUCAUAGCUAUCGCAGCUGAUAACAGCGAAGAUGGGCAGGUUCUUUUUGGCUCUGUUCGUUGUCUCUUGUUGGGCAACAACGAGGACAUCAAAGAGCAGUGUUACAGAGAUUCAGGAGGUCCCAACGAUGUUCCAGUUAUCUCACUGGAAUACCCUUUCCAGGACAGUGGAGAGGCUUUGAAAAAGGGGUACUCAAGUGGAAUGAAUAUGGACCGAGAUAUUCUAACUACAGUAAGUCUUGCGUGCUUCCUUUGCGACAAAGGAGACACAAAAUCAAACAAAACAGGAAACAACUCGACGAACAAAGAGCAGAAACAGUUGCCUAUGGAAAACACUUCCAGCAGAAUCGGUAAGACAUCUCAUGUCCUGGAAACCGAGGAAGCUUACUACGGGAGAAAAUGCAAAUUUCCCGAAUGUCCAAACCCUCUGCCCAACCCUGGGACCAGACCUGAAGAACCUCUGGGCCUUUGGAAGGGAGUAAUGGGAACAGGUCAUUUGAAUGGCUCCUUUUGGGAGAACCUCUGGGAGUCCACAGAACUGGAAACUCUGGGGGAAGUCGAGGCUUUCCCGCUGGAAGUUCAAUCACAAAGGAGACAUCUAAAUCAUGGUAACGCCUUCAAAUUACCUUUUUCUAGAUUUCCUAGAGAUCUCCCGAGGUGUGAGGGUAGUUCUGAAGUAGGUUCCUUCAGUGGUAAGUUCCUAGGACCUAAGUGUCAUGCACAAUUUCUCGAGCAACUUUUAACCGAUAUCGAUAGGCCUAGUGUGUCGCCCUGUAAGACGUUGUCUUGAUCUGAAUAUAUUAGGGAAUAAUAGUGGUUUUGAUUAUAUAAAUGGAAAGCAGAUUGUAAAAAGAGACGGUAGUUAUUUGACUUGCGGUUAAAGGCUUAAAGAUUAUUAUGGCUGAAUAAACUAAGAGAGAGAGAGAGAGAGAGAGAGAGAGAGAGAGAGAG